AUGUUGUGGCCCAAGAUAGUUUGCUUUGCUCUGCUCGGUCUGGCCUUUGGCCAACUCCAUCAGGUGGUCAGCACGGAAACCGUUUCCGUGUGUCCCACUAACUUCAGCCGGGUGGCGGACAAGUGUCUCCUGGCGGACAACAGCUGGAAGAACUGGUACGAGUCUGAUCGCCACUGUCGCUCCCUGAACGCCGGACUGCUCAGCAUCAAGAACCAGACGGAGCUGAAGGCGAUCCAGGAGUGGCUUCCGGUGGCGGAGCCCUACCAACUGGAAUUCUGGACAGCCGGCAAUAAACUGGGCGAAGUAAAAACCCUGAUCGACUACUACUGGCAGAGCACCGGGGAGCAGGCUCGCUAUCUUCCCUGGAACCAGGGUCAGCCCACUCCAGCCAGCGGGGAUUGCCUUACUUUGUACGCCAACUACAGUAUGGAAACUGGAGAAUUUGUGAUGGAGAAGCACCUCCUGACCGUGAAGAACUGCACCCAGUGGGCGCCCCACAUCUGCCAGGCGCCACUGCAGCAGUUCACCACCCAGCUCUGCCUCAAUCCCAGCGCCGUAUACGAAGCCAAAGUACCAGUUUAAUUUAAAUACUUAGAAAAUAAUAAAUAGACUUGCAUUUAAUAAUUUGGUAAUAUUUGAAAUUCAUCAAAAAUUGCUAGUAAAAAGUGUUUAGUAAUUCGUAUCUGUAAAGAUAUUUCUGUCAUUGAUACAUCAAUAAAUAAUUUUCUAAAGAGCCCUAA